AUGGUCAUCGUCUCUUCGCCCAGCAGCAGCACUGGCGGUGCCCCGCACGCCGGUCCGUCGUCGCGGCGCCAGGACUAUACCCACGCCUACCAGCGCAUACGCACCUCGUCGCGCACCUCGGCCUCAUCCUCGUCCUCGUCGGUCCUCGUCCUCGUAUCGCCCGACGUCGACGCAAUCUGCGCCACCCGCAUCCUCACCGCGCUCCUCACAGAGGACGACAUCCCGCACCGCAUCAUCCCCGUAGAGGGUUACCGCGGCCUCCUCCGCGUCCUCCGCGAAGACGUCGAGGCCAACCCCGACCUCCGCUCCAUCGUCAUGGUCAACCUCGGCUCCGUCCUCUCCCUCCCCACCACCGUCCCCCUGCCCCCCGCCUGCACCUUGCACGUCAUCGACAGCCACAGACCCUGGAACCUCGAAAACCUCUUUGCAACCACCGAGAUCAACGAGCGCGUCUGGAUCUGGGACGACGGUGACAUCGAGAUGAAGCUCCAGCGCCCCGGCGGAGAGCGCGAGGCGUUCGAAAGGCUCGAAUUCGACGUCGAUGCCAGCGAUAGCGAGAGCAGCGACGGAGAGGGCAGCGAUACCGGCAGCAGCGACGACGACGACGAUGAGGAGGAGGACGAUGACGACGAGGCCGAAGAUCGGAGCGAGGCCGGUGAUGCAGGGCAACGGCGCAACAAGAAGCGGAGAAAGAGGUCGCCGGCGGUCUCUGGCAGCGAGGGCGAGGAGGACGCAUCGGACGACGGCGACCGCUCAAUUGCCGCCCGGAAACGGCGCCGCAAGCGCGACCGGCAACAGCCUGACCGCCCUGCUCGCCUGACGGCCAUCGAGCGGCAGCGGCUGCGCAACGUCCUCUCGCGCUACUACAACCGCGGCACAAACGUCGGCAUGUCGGUCGCUGGCAUGAUGUACCUGCUCGCCGACAAGCUCGGCCGCGGCGGGCGCGACGGCCUCUGGCUCGCCAUCCUCGGCCUCACGUCCCAGUAUCUCGCCGCCACCAUCUCGACCGACACCUACGACGCAUUCGCAUCGGCCUACGCGUCCGAGGUCCACGCCAUCGAGCCGACGUCGACGUCAAGCUCUGGCGGCGCCGGUGCCGUCGACCCAUGGUCGGCCGACUCGCCGGCCACCGCCGGCGGCGCGAAGGGCAAGGGCGGUCGUAGCAGCAGCGGCGGUGGUGGUGGGGCGGACGGCAGCAACAUGACGACCGCUGCCGCCGCCUUGGUGGCGCGGGCGAGGCCCGGCGAUCCCGACGCCGACGAUGCUGCGAUCCGCGUGCAGCCGUCGGAGCUACGCUUCGUCCUCUACCGCCACUGGUCGCUCGAGUCGUCGAUGUACCACACGGCCUACGUGGCGUCCAAGCUGGGCAUCUGGCAGGAGCGGGGCAUGGGGCGGCUGCGCAGCCUGAUGGCCAAGAUGGGCUUCAGUCUGACCAACUGCCGCCAGCACUUCCCGCACAUGGCCCUUGAUCUGCGCAAGACGCUCGUGUCGCGCCUCGAGCAGAUUGCGCCCGAGUACGGCCUGACCGAGCUCACCUACCGCGGCUUCACGCGCGGGUUCGGGUUCCGCAGCAGCCCGCUGAGCGCGGCCGACGUCGUCGAGGGUUUGAGCGCGCUCCUGGUGGCGGCUCAUGGCAUCAAGAUCGAGGUCGAGGUGCCCGGCAUGGGCUUUGCCGGCGGCGCGGGCGGGCCGCUGGGCAACUCGCUCGUGGGCAACGGUGUGGGACCCGGUGGAGCGGGGUCUGGAUCGGGCGGCAGCGAGCUGUUCAACGCCAAGCGCCUCUGGUCGCUCUCGUCGGCCGCCGGCUCGUCUUCGUCUGGCAAUGGCGCAUCGGGCGCCAGCAACGGCAACGGCGAUCCGACGCUGCCGCCCGACAGCCAGGUGGACCCGUCGACGGUCGAGACGAGCACGCUGUGGCGCAAGAACUUCUACGAGGCGUACCGCGCGCUGGACCGGGGCUCGACGUCGGUGUCGCUGCUGCGGUCGUCGCUGAUGCUGUCGCAGUCGCUGCACCGCGCCAUUGUGGGCCGGGGCACGGGUCUGAUUGUCAACCAGUCGAUCCGGACGCUCAAGAACUUCCGGAUGGCCAUCCUCAAGGACGGGCCGGACCUGGAGCUGUUUACGCACGUCGACGUGCUGGCCAAGCUGGCGCGGUGGCUGGUCGAUGCGCUGCGGGACAAGGUGUGGGAGCAGGAGCGCAACCGGGCGCUGCAGAAGCGGGCGGCCAAGCGGGCGGCAGGCAGGAGGGCCAAGAAGCGGCGCCGCUCAUCUGCCCUGACCGGGGGCGAUGGCGACGGCGACGGGGGCGAGGACGAGGGCGAGCAGGACAGGCAGGACGGCGACGACGGCGACGACGACGUCGAGAUCGAGUUUGAGACCAAGCCGCUACCCUUUCUGCUGGCCUCGCUGGACCCGGCGCGCGACAUCUUCCUGGUGCUGGGCCAGGUGGGCGCGCCCAUGUUCGGCGACACGGAACCCAACCGGUUCGGGCUGGCGUUCCAGCAGGCAGCAUCCCAGAGCGGUGCGCGGGUGCGCUACGACCGGUUCGAGACGGCCGCCGUCGAGGUUCGGCGCGCCGACCUGGCCGCCUUUGUCGAGGCGGUCCACCUCAAGGCGUGA